CCAGGGGUGGACUGACCAUUCGUAAACUCGGGCACUGCCCGAGGGCCCGGGGUCAGUAGGAGGCCCCAUGAGAUGCCCCUGGUACCUUUUUUCAUAGGCUUUUUUGAGUUUGGGCAAGGACACAGGGGCCCCAUGAUCCCCUAUUGCCCGGGGGGGCCCCAUGAGUUGUCAGUCCGCCCCUGAUUUGACUCCUUAUCAGUGCGCCUAUCAGUGUACAUCAGUGUGUCGCCUAUCAGUGCCCAUCACUACAGCCUCAUUAGCGCACAU